GUAAUAAAAACAAAAAUCAGGUGAAGUAUCGGAUGUAAUACAGAUGCGGAACAAUUUUAAUAAUCAAUUAUCUCAAUCGCUGAUUCAGUGUACAGUAAGGAGAUUGAUGACAAUCGAUAAUAAUAACGCCGAUGGUUAUAGUGAUCGUAAUGAUGAUGAAAGUGGUGUCGCCCAUGUUGACAAAAUUGAACGAAACGAUCAACGACCGCUCCUUCAAGUUUACACAUGGUGAUUGGCCCUCGAUGUGAAGGUUGCGUUGAAAAUUGCCAACGCAAAAUUUCUACGCACGGUGUUCACGGAUUUUCCUAUCUUCCGUGGAGCCCGGAUUAUCGACGAACAGCCGACGGAUCAUCCAUUUGCAAACCGAUAUUCGGUGAUAAAUGCCUCUUCCGGACCGUGGCUGAAAGCGAUAAGAUUCGGAUCGAUGGAGGAUUAUGAACUCGGGGAAUCACGGGCCGGUGGAAGUCAGGGGCCGUUCAACACUUCGCUGGGAAAUGUGGGAUGCGACGAGCCACCAUUCAAAGGCGCUCUUCUGGCCACUGCCUGGUUUCAGGCAGUCAUCUACUUCCUCUACAGCUCCAUAUUCCUCACGGCUCUCCUCGGCAACGGACUUGUUUGCUACGUUGUGUACAGCAGUCCGAGGAUGCGCACGGUCACCAAUUACUUCAUAGCCAAUCUAGCCGUCGGCGAUAUCCUGAUGACCCUUUUCUGCGUGCCGACCAGCUUUGUCAGCACGCUUAUACUCCAGUACUGGCCUUUUGGUCCUGAACUUUGUCCAGGUGUUAAUUACUCCCAGGCGGUGUCGGUCUUGGUCAGCGCCUACACUCUGGUCGCGAUAAGCGUUGACCGUUAUACGGCGAUAAUGUGGCCGCUUAAGCCACGGAUGACAAAACGCCAGGCCAAAAUCGUCAUCCUCUCGGUCUGGCUUGUGGCUUUGGCAACUGCCUCCCCCAUCGCCGCCGUUUCUCGGCUUGUGCAGCCCGCCGAGCAGUUUGUCAAGUGCGAGAGAUAUAUUUGCCACGAGGACUGGCCGACCAAUGAAUACAGGUACUACUACUCCAUGGCAUUACUCGUAAUGCAGUACCUGAUCCCACUGCUCGUCCUGAUGUUCACUUACACGAGCAUCGCGGUUGUCGUAUGGGGAAAGCAGAUACCCGGUGAAGCCGAGAACACCAGGGACCAGAGGAUGGCGCGCUCGAAAAGAAAGAUGGUGAAGAUGAUGAUGACCGUCGUGAUUGUCUUCACGAUAUGCUGGCUUCCGUUCAACGUACUGACGCUCGGCCUUGACCACGAUGACCGGUUACGAGAAUGGUCGGGAUUGCCCUACUUGUGGGUCGCUGUUCACUGGCUAUCCAUGUCUCACUCCUGCUAUAACCCGGUUAUCUACUGCUGGAUGAACGCCAGGUUUAGAGCCGGGUUUCUGCUGACCCUUGCACGAGUCCCGUGCAUGCAGCGGAUCAUCCCUCAGGGUCGUCGAAGAACGCACCAUACAAGCAUGGCGGGAAUCGCUUUAACCGGAUUGGAGGCUCCGGACAACUCGAUUCUCCGGAGGAUCAACACCUGCAGCACUUAUAUUAGCGUCAGGCGGAAACCUAGCGGGCAUCAUUACGCUCCUGCACGAUCCGCUAGUCUCCGUCACACGGAUCUUAUCUCGACGAGAUCGGGUCAGGCGCAGAGUCGCCGUCUCAUUCGGCUUGACUCACAUCCGGAGGAACGGAUCUAGUCGAAAAUUAACAGAAUUGAACUAUACAUUUAACUCGACGUCAUU